AUGAUUCUUGGUGGACUAAAUGAAGGAAAUAAUUAUUGUGAAGAAGUUGAAGAAGAGUCUGAAACUGCAAAUGAACCUGAUCUGACUGAUAAACAGAAACAUCAGUUGAAACACCGAGAACUCUUUCUUUCGCGCCAGUAUGAGUCCCUUCCUGCAACACACAUCAGGGGAAAAUGCAGUGUUGCACUUCUGAAUGAGACAGAAUCCGUGUUGUCAUAUCUUGAUAAAGAGGAUACUUUUUUUUAUUCACUGGUAUAUGAUCCAUCACUGAAAACGCUUUUAGCAGACAAGGGAGAAAUCCGAGUGGGACCUCGAUAUCAAGCAGAUGUACCAGACAUGCUUACAGAAGGAGAAUUAGAUGACAGAGAACAGGCAAAGCUGGAAGUAAAAGUAUGGGAUCCAGAUAGCUCCCUUACAGAUCGUCAGAUUGACCAGUUUUUAGUUGUAGCACGUGCGGUUGGCACGUUUGCUCGGGCUUUGGACUGCAGUAGUUCUGUCAGGCAACCGAGUUUACACAUGAGUGCAGCUGCUGCUUCUCGAGACAUCACUCUGUUUCAUGCAAUGGAUACCUUGCAUAAACACAACUAUGACUUGAGCAGUGCCAUUAGUGUUCUAGUACCACUUGGAGGGCCUGUUCUUUGUAGAGAUGAAAUGGAAGAAUGGUCAGCAUCAGAAGCUAGUUUAUUUGAAGAAGCUUUGGAAAAGUAUGGCAAAGACUUCAAUGACAUACGACAAGACUUUCUCCCUUGGAAAUCGUUGACUAGCAUCAUUGAAUAUUAUUACAUGUGGAAAACCACUGACAGAUAUGUUAAGCAGAAACGUCUGAAGGCUGCUGAAGCAGAGAGUAAAUUGAAACAAGUGUACAUCCCAACUUACAACAAGCCAAAUCCAAAUCAGAUAUCCAGCAGCAAUGGGAAGCCAAGUGCAGUGAAUGGAACCAUGGGAGCAUCUUUUCAGACACAAACCUCAUUAAUAGGGCGGGCUUGUGAAAGUUGUUACACUCCACAGUCUCAUCAGUGGUAUUCUUGGGGUCCCCCUAACAUGCAGUGUAGAUUAUGUGCACCUUGCUGGAUUUAUUGGAAGAAAUAUGGUGGCCUGAAAAUGCCAACACAGACAGAUGAAGAAAAACUAGCUCCCAGCCAAACCACAGAGGAUCCUUGUAUUAGAACUCAUAUGUCACGCCAGGCCACACAGGGAACACCAGUUCGUAACACUGGUAGUCCAAAGGCAUCAGUGAAAACGCGCCAAGCUUUCUUCCUUCACACAACGUGUUUGACAAAACUUGCCCGCCAGGUCUGCAAAAAUACCCUCCGGCUGCGGCAGGCAGCAAGACGUCCAUUUGUCCCUAUUAACUGUGCUGCCAUUAAGGCAGAAUAUGCUGACAGACAUUGUGAAGUCGUUGGAAGUCCCCUGAAGAUCAAAAGCACUAGAAAACCACUAUCAUAUAUCAUUGGGUAUUUAGAGAUUCAUCCUGCAAUAAAACCUAAUGUAAUCAGAUCAAUGCCGAGCCUUCAGAGCCCAGGUGCAAAACGAAUGCUUGCAACUUCUAAUCAUUCAUCCUUAAGUAUUUUGGGAAAGAGAAACUACAGCCAUCAUAAUGGCCUUGAUGAACUUUCAUGCUGUAUUUCAGACUGAGAUGUCCUCUUUCCUUCCUCCUUGAAUCAAGAGUUGCUUCAGCUCCUGGAGGAACAAAUAUUGAUGCGCACAGCUGUGAGCAAGGACUGGACAGCUGUUUCCUGCUGCAUUUGACUAGGAUUUCUUCCCCCAUCCCCCAACCCACAGCAGUAUGGGGAAGCAACAUGAGCAGUUGAUGAAAUGAGAGCAAAGUCUAUCCCCAUUUUCUGAUGCCAGUCUAGUCUCUCUCUGCCUCCAUAUUAUUAGUUACUCAGGAGUAUAACUUAUAUCUACAAGUGGGCAAGACAUUGUCCUU